CAGACACACCAUACUGCACUUUUCACAGCUCACAGCCCCUGUGGAAGCAUCACACACUCCUUGGAGGGUAUUCCAGUCUUACUUUCUUUCUUUCUUCACAUGACUUAUGAUGGAAAGUGUUUAACUUCUCUCCUCUUUUAAUACCUUUGGAUAUAACAUCAGCAAGCAACUAGGAGAUGGAAGGGCUUUGACUUGCAUUAGCCUGGAGUUACAUUAUGGUUCUGGGCCAAGCUGUCAACAUGAGUUUGAUGGACAUUUCUAAGAUCUUCUCCCUGCUGCAGCCUAAGGAGGGGGAUGAGGACAACGAGCAGUGUCAGGCCUUGAACAACGCUGUGAGCAGCGACAACGUGACACUUCUCUCCGAGCUCCUGUCUCAGGAGAGUUACAGGAGGUCUAUCAAUGCUCGGAGCGGGUGGGGGGUCCCAGUGACUCCCUUGCGCACUGCUGCUGCCCUGGGACACUUGAGGUGCCUGGAGGUGUUGCUGGAGCAUGGUGCAGAGAUAGACAGCUUAGACGUGAAGGCUCAGACGCCUUUGUUCACAGCUGUCAGCGGGAAACAUCUGGACUGUGUGGUUGCCCUGCUGAAGGCCGGAGCCGAUCCAAACGGCAGCCAGUACAACAACUGCUCGCCAGUGCUGACUGCUGCCCGGGAGGGCGACGUAGACGUGCUCCGAGAGCUUCUUCGUUAUGGAGCUGAGGUGGACGUCAAACCCAAAGUGCCAGAGUGGGCCUCCAAUGCCACAGCCUGCAGAGGGGCUCUUUAUAUCUCGGCUGUGUAUGGACACCUGGACUGCUUUAAACUGCUCCUACUACACGGGGCCAACCCCAACUACAACUGCACAGAUGACAAGAUGCUGGCCAGGAUAAAGCAGCCAAAGACAGUCCUGGAGGUGUGUCUCCGUUAUGGAUGUGGGGUGGAGUACAUUCAGCUACUCAUAGACUUUGGGGCAGAUGUGUAUCUCCCUACACUGAUCAUUGACAAGACUACAAAGCAGAAUGAGGCUCUGGUUCUGCUGCUCAAAGAGAGAGUUUGUCCCAAAACGCUGAUGUCACAGACUCGGCUAGCAAUUCGAAGAUACCUCCCCUUUGCAAAGAAGGAGUCUGCCAUUGACAGUUUGGACAUUCCUCUGAUCCUGAGGAACUACCUGAAGCACGACACCUCUGAACUCAUAUGAUGCUCAAGUUAGCAUCAGGAGAAAAGGCCAGGUGAUAUUGUUUACCUCACUGACUUAAAGCAUACUUUUGUUGGGUUUUCCAACUAGUGGGACAAGAUGAAGGAUGCUCAGCUGAUCUCAUUGUACACCAAGUAAAAAUUUGGACUGUAUCCUUUAGAGGUCACUGAGCUGUCUACUGCUGUAAAGUUGUUUUUACUUUUUCACAUGAAGAUUGGAGUUUGUGAAUAGUUGUAGUUGUUUUUAAUAAAUUAAUUUGAAUAAAUAGUUUUAGCAGUACAAAGCUUAGAGCAAAGAAAGUGCUCCAUCUUGGGAAAUCUGUCAUGUCCUUGGGAGGUGUAACGCCUUGGUUGACCACUAGAGACCACAGUAACACUGCAUAUUGUGCUUGUCCAAAUAUGAGCCUUCCCAGUGGCAGUUUUUUGUCUCCCUGCAUCGCCUCUAGCAAUGAUUUCGCAGGUAUCUUCACACAAUCAGAUACAGUCAUCAGUUAUUUAUACAUACAGUCACAACUGGAAAAACACACACACACACACACACACACAAACAGAGUCACUGUCUGCACCACACCAGGAUGUCUUAGAUCUUGCCUGAAAAACAGUCUUGCAUCUGUGGACUUCAAAACAUUAGGCAGCAGAGCUAUCAGCCUACACUUCAGCACGGCCAACUGGGAGAAUAUAUUUGCAUAAGUCUCAUUACUUAUUGAUCACAGCAUAGUUACAAUUUGUGGUUGGAAGUUUGUUGCAAAUUUUUUUUGUGACUUGUCAACACCAUCCUGAAGAUGUUAUUAUCUAAUCCUAUGUUCUUAAAUUUAAAUUUUGACCAGUCUUCUGUCACAUAUCCAGGAGUUCAUAUUUCAGCUUUUGAGAACAGGAGAUGAUGUCACACAACAGGAAACCCAGCACAAUGCUCCCACUCACACUUUGACGCCUCGACACAUAGUUCUGUAGAGGUUUUAUUUUCAACAAAAGUACAGCUAUAUCAGAUAUGGAUUUAUUUUUACAGCGAAGUACAACAUAUUCCCAGUGCUUCUGAUUACAUCAAAACAUAUAAUGUACAUACAGUUGACAUCUCCACUCUCCCAUUCACAGUUUCUGGAUUGAAUAGGCAUUAUUUUUCAGGUUUUUCAUUUCUACAACAAAUAAUCAAACUCAAAGGCCAGCAAGAAAGAAAAUGACAAAAUGUUUGCAUAUGGUGACAAAGGAUAUGGAUACUGUGAGUAAAUUCUCUGUGAUAGGCAAAAAUCCAGACCUCAAACUAGAUGGUAAUAUACAAUGAAUAGAUUGUGAUUCCAAAAGUGGGGAUGCCAGUCUUCUGUUAACUUUGUUGUCACUGAACACCACAUCAAAUAUGGCUCAUUGAAGACUCUGUUGUACCCUGACUAUUCUGAAACAAUACAGGACUGCAUUAACCAACUGCAAGGAGUUCUUACUGAAGAUGUUGCUAUGCUAAAUGUGAGUGAGCGCGGUUACUGGCUCCAUAUACAACCUGGACUAAAAGGGACUACAGAAAUCUGAGAACCUCUGAUGCACUCAGUUGACAGUCUGCUAACUUGGCUGUCUUGGAUUAUGACCGGAAAAAGAAAAAGGAAAAAAAAAACUGCACAGAAGGCUGUCCUCUCAGCUCUCAGUACAAGGUCAGAAUGAUAAUUAUAUAAGAAAAACCAAUAUAUACAUCCUUCUAACAAUGUGGCCAAAGUGGUAAUAUUUAAUACUGCAUUCAAUAAAUACAAGUGAGGAAAUAAUUUGUACUGUCAAGUCAUUGUACUCCAAAGAAUCUUUUUUUUUUUUUAAGUAGAAACAAGAGCAUGAUGUGAAUUGCAAUGAAGUACUGUGUGUGUCUUCAGGAUUAUGUUUAUUUUUAGCUCAUCCCGAGAGGUUUCGCAUUUAUUCAGCUCUUCUGCUUGACUACAAAUCUAUACACAAACGCCCAUGAUCAGUGCUAACUCCUAUUUGGUUCACUGUUGUCAUAGAAAAAUUAUACCCGUUUUGCCUCAGCAGUUAAUGGUGUUCCAAGAAUAACCAGCGGUUUGGACCAUGACAGUGUAGGUUGGACUCAAAGAAAAGAAGAAAAAAAAGUUGAAGAUAAUGUUACAGUUUAUAGUACCCAUUAUAUCUGGGCAAAGAGAGCAUCAGUGCCUUUCAUUUUACCUAUCAACAGUUAAGUCUUUGAUUCAGCAUGAGGAAAAGAUGCUUCCCCCCUCUGCUUGACAAUAAAU